AUGAUCGGCGAUAGAAGGCAGUACGAUGUUGAGCCGGCUGCUGAUGAGGCGGCCAUGAUUGAAAAGUCGAAGCAGCUCGCUGCGUGGGCAGCUGUAGACCACUACAUCAAACCAGAACACUCUGUUAUCGCUAUAGGCAGCGGGAGCACUGUGCCUUUCGUCGUUGAGCGUAUCCUCCAGCAGGGCGAGCAUGUCAAUAGCAAGAGAAAGUUUAUUCCUACGUCUUUCCAAGCCAAAGAGCUCAUCGUCAGCAAUGGUCUUGCGUUGGGUGACGUUGACCAGUACCCGGUCAUCGACGUUGAUAUCGAUGGCGCGGAUGAAGUCGACCUCAAGCUGAACGCUAUCAAGGGCGGCGGUGCUUGCCAUCUCAGAGAGAAAGUUUUAGCAGAAGCUUCAAGGAGAUUCAUUAUCGUUGCUGACUAUCGCAAAAACUCGGCCAUCUUGGGCAGCUCUUGGACACAGGGAAUACCAGUGGAAGUCGCACCAUUCGCAUAUGCUAAAGUGAUGGUCAAUCUCGAGCGGAUUGAGGGCUGCGAAUCGGCAAAGCUGCGUAUGGGUAAGGCGAAAGCAGGUCCAGUGGUCACAGACAAUGGAUGUUUCGUUAUCGAUGCACAGUUUGAUGAACACAGAUUCAGUGAUCCUGAGUUGCUGCUGUCUAAGAUCAAGAUGCUUACAGGUAUAAUGGAAGUAGGACUGUUCUGUGACAUGACAGAUGCCGCGUACUUUGGAAAUGUAGAUGGCACGGUAACUAUAAGGAACGCAGAUGGUUCGAUCUACGCGCUUAAGAGGUCAGGUGAGGAGCCGGAGAUGGUUAAAGCAGCAGGGGAGUUUGAGUGUGGUAUCUUCGCCUAUUGCUCUCAAAACGUCUGCAAAGAUCGUAAAUAUGUAAUUGACACGCUUCUCAACGGCCUUUCGAGAUUAGAAUACCGUGGAUACGAUUCUGCUGGUAUCGCCGUCGACGGCGACGAUGACAAAGACAUGUACAUCUUCAAGCAAGUCGGUAAAGUUAAGGAGCUCAGAUCUCACAUUGACAAGGCCACGGUUGAUUUCUCUAAGCAAUUCAACUCUCAAGCAUCUAUGGGUCACACUAGAUGGGCCACUCACGGUCAGCCAUCUCCAAUCAACUGCCACCCACACCGCUCAGAUGUUACAAACGAGUUUAGCGUCGUCCACAAUGGUAUCAUCACCAACUACAAAGAACUCAGACUCGUUUUAGAGAAGAAGGGUCACAAAUUCGAGACUGACACCGAUACCGAAGCUGUCGCUAAAUUAGCAAAGUUCAUCUUCGACUCCAACCCAAAAAUUGCUGAUUUCCCUACUUUGGUUAAAUCUGUAUGUAAGGAAUUGGAAGGCGCCUUUGCUUUCGUCUUCAAAUCUGUUCACUUCCCAAACCAAUUGGUCAUUGCUAGACGCGGUUCUCCCGUCUUGAUUGGUGUAAAAACUGAUCAAAAGCUCAAGACUGACUUUGUCGACGUUGAAAUUCCUGCAGAAGACGCCAUUCCUGCUGCUUUUGAGGAAUCUCCUACGGGCUCUUCCUUGUUGACCGCUUCUCCUCAACACCAACUCAGAAGAUCUCAAUCAAGAGCUUUCCUUACAAACGGUCAAUCUACUGACCCUAUCGAGUACUUUAUUGCUUCAGACGCCUCUGCAAUCGUCGAACAUACCAAGAGAGUUUUAUAUCUCGAAGAUGAUGAUAUCGCUCACAUCCACGACGGCGAAUUGCACAUUCACCGUCUUAACCGUGCAAACGACAAGACUUCAUCUGUCAGAUCAAUUGAGACUUUGGAAAUUGAGAUUGCAGAGAUCAUGAAGGGUUCAUUUGAGCACUUUAUGCAAAAGGAAAUCUACGAGCAACCAGAGUCUGUCAUCAACACAAUGAGAGGUAGAAUUAACUUUGAUACUAAAGAGAUUACACUCGGUGGUCUCAAGCAGUACCUCACUACUAUCAGAAGAUGUCGUAGAAUGGUUCUUGUCGCUUGCGGUACUUCAUACCACUCAUGUUUAGCUGUCAGACAAGUGUUUGAGGAGUUGACCGAGAUACCUGUGUCUGUUGAAUUGGCUUCAGACUUCUUGGACCGUCGCACUCCAAUUUUCAGAGAUGAUGUCUGUGUCUUCCUUUCACAAAGUGGUGAAACUGCCGACACUAUUCUCGCUUUGCGCUACUCUAUGGAGCGUGGAGCGUUGUGUUUAGGUGUUGUUAACACUGUUGGUUCGACCAUCUCACGUGAGACUCACUGCGGAAUCCACAUUAACGCAGGUCCAGAGAUAGGUGUUGCAUCAACCAAAGCAUACACAUCGCAAUAUAUUGCAUUGCUUAUGAUGGCUGUCCAACUUUCUGAGGAUCGCUUAAGUAAGUUGGAGAGACGUCAACAGUUGAUCGACGGUCUCCACGAUCUCCCAAGUCAGAUCAAGAAGGUUUUGCAAUCUGACGAGACACUCACCAUGCUCGCCAAGGGUAUGAUCGAUCAACGUUCACUUCUCAUCAUGGGUAGAGGCUACCAAUACUCUACUUGUCUGGAAGGUGCUCUGAAGAUUAAGGAAAUCAGUUACAUGCACAGUGAAGGUAUUUUGGCUGGAGAAUUGAAGCACGGUCCUCUGGCGCUUAUUGACGAGAACAUGCCAGUCAUCCUCGUCAUGACACAAGACUCUUUCUAUCCAAAGGUACAAUCAGCAUUGAUGCAAAUCACGGCUAGAAAGGGAUUGCCAAUUAUCAUCUGCAAUGAAGGUGACAAGAGUUUGACCGAAAACUACAAAACUAUCCAGGUACCUAAAUCUGUUGAUGCUCUUCAGGGUCUUCUUAACGUCGUUCCACUUCAACUCCUCUCGUACCACUUGGCUGUUGGAAGAGGCUACGAUGUCGAUUUCCCAAGAAACUUGGCCAAAUCUGUUACUGUUGAGUAA